CAUCAGGUGCGGGUCGGCGGCGCGGUCGCCUCGACGCUGCCGCCGUACCAGCUUGUCGGCGAGGCGUCGCUGCUCGAGAACCUGCAGAGCCCGCGCGGAGAGACGCGAGAUCUAGCCGAGAUCGGGCCGAGAUCGGGCCGAGAUCGGGCCGAGAUCGCGAGUCCGCAGAGCCCUGACCAGUCUGCGCCGGCGGUACUCGGGGGACACGUCUCCCAGCCGUAUGGUGAAGCUCUCUGCAGCCGCUUCACCUCGCUCCGGAAGACACUGCACGGCCAUUCCACCACGGCCAUCUCCCGGCAUGCCUCCCGACUACACUGCACGAUUCCGGAGCGGGACUGUCUCCACAACGCAGGCACCCGCCCGCGCGCGCGACCGUGGUGGCCGCGCCGGGCUCGUGCUACGUGCGCUGGCCGCAGCGCGCCUUCUACGAGCUGCAGCAGGAGGAGGACAGCGACUUUGGGUACGCGAUUCAGCUGAUGAUUGCGCGCACGCUCAGCGAGAAGCUGUCGGCGGCGCGACUCUCGCAGCGCGAGUCGGAGCAGAAGCUCAACACGCGGCUGGCGGCGACCUUUCGCGGCGCCUCCCCGAGGGCCUUGGCGGCGAGCCGGCUGGCGGGCGGGGAGGCGGCGGCGGAGGGGGAGGGGGGGGAGGGGGGGGAGGGGGGGCGGCCGCGGCUGCGGGGGGCGGCGGCGGAGGCGACGGCGCUGCUCCGGCAGAACGAGGAGAAGGCGGCGCAGGCGCUGCCCCUUCCCUCCACCGAACCAAUACCCAGCGCCCCACGCUCCACCAACCCGGCACCCAGCACCCAUAUAUUGCACCAUAUGGAGCGGGACGUCGCCGUCGCGCUCCGCCCUCGGCCUCCGAGGGAGCUCAGCUUCCUGGCCACUUGUGCACAGGUGCGGAUGCUGCAGCGGUCGCUCGACGAGACGAGACGAGAGCUGGCCGACCUCAAGGUGCUGGUCACCUUGCUCGCCACCCUCGUCCUCGUGACGCUGCUCGCGCGGCUCACCGUCGGCUCGCUUCCGUCGGACUGGUGGUGGCAGAGCUUCAGCGAGAUCGCUGCGAUGUCCACCAUUGGAGGGAUGUCCACGAGUUGGUAACCGCGCGUUUUGUGUUUAUUCGAGAGGUAGAUCUAAUCG